UCCUGGGCGAGUAAUCGCCAUAUAUGUUAUCGAGACAUCUGGGGUGGCAUCUCCUUGUUAAACGUUUCGAAUAUCGCAUCGCACAGUUUGAUGCCAAAUGAGACAUUUAGACGAUUAAACCCAGCAAAAUUCUCUUUAUCGCCGGAUCAAAAAUUCUUGCUUCUUGCUCAAAAUGUGAAGAAACUGUUUCGCCACUCGUACUUAGCACAAUAUGUCAUUUAUGAUCUUAAUACACGGGAGUGCAUUGUGUUAACACCUUAUCCUGAGAAAGACAACCAUCCAUAUCUUUUACUAGCCCAAUGGACUCCAAGUGGACACGGACUCGUCAUGGUGCAGGACUACGAUAUUUAUUACAGAACAGGUCCCCUAAGCAAUACUGCAUAUCGUGUAACGAACACUGCAGUGCCCGGUAUAUUGUCCAACGGCGUACCAGAUUGGUUAUAUGAAGAGGAAAUAUUGCACAGUGGAGAGGCAAUUUGGAUGUCGCCGGAUGGUCAUGUGAUGCUUUAUGCCUCGUUCAAUGAUUCUCUCGUAGAAGAGAUGCACAUUUCGUGGUUUGGAGAGGGAAACAAAGCUUUAUAUCCUGAUAUACGAUCCCUACGAUAUCCUAAGCCAGGAACGCCAAAUCCUUCCGUACAGCUAUACGUUGCCGAUUUAGCUGAUCCGAAAAAUAUUCGUACAAAAAUAGUGAAACCACCACCAAUCAUCGAGCAUACGGAUCAUUAUUUCUCGACCGCUUCCUGGGUAUCUCAGACAGAAAUUUGCAUAACUUGGCUGACGCGCGCUCAGAAUUUUUCAGUAAUUACCAUCUGCAAAAGUCCAAUGUGGCAUUGUCAGGAAAUUCAGAGAAUAUCGGGUGAAGGUGGAUGGGUGGAUACUCCACCAGAAGCCCCUCUUUUUUCCAUAAACGGCAGCAGUUACAUCGCAAUAAGUCCUGUAAAAGAUGGACCGGCAGGAUAUUACAAACAUAUAAUUUGGGUUAAUGUGCUCCGAAAACAAGUAGUGCCUUUGACGCAUGGAAAAUUUGAAGUUGUUAGGAUUUUAGUAUGGGACCAAGUAAAUAAUACUAUAUAUUUCAUCGGUAUUCCAUUUAUGAGACCGGGUCAGAGACAUCUCUAUUGCGUGAGCUCUGCUCUUCCUCGUAUGGGAUCGCCUUUGCGUCCCGCUAUAUGCCUUACGUGCACCAUCUCAUCCGACAUGACAAACGCUGACGAAAAUGAAUAUUGGACUAGUUCUUCAAAUUGGCAAAAUGGUCUCACCAAUCGAAAUGAAUGGCAUGAUCACCAUGAAAUUCAUACCGAUAGCAAGGAACAUCGUCAAGCAAAGGAUAUCUCCAAAAAGGACAAGUUGAAAAAGAGGAAUGUUUUAAAAACCGGUGAUCCACCUUGUCAAUAUCACAAUGCGAUCUUCCCGUCCGCGGAUUUUGAAUAUUUCGUUCUCGAGUGCCUUGGACCUGGUAUACCUACCGUGGCCCUUUACAAAAUGGAAAUGCCCGUGCCGCGACUCAUUGCAACAUUGCAGAAUAACACGUUGUUACGCGAAAGAAUAACUGACAUCGCACUUCCGCAAGUAAAAACAUUUCCUGUACAGAUAAGUGGUGGCUAUAACGCCCAGGUGAGAUUGCAUCUACCACCCGGGCUAAGAGAAGAUGAAAUUACGCGUUACCCAUUGGUUGUUCAAGUACUCGAACCUGGAUGAAACAAGGAUUCAAAC